CAAAACCAGAAUUGGCCGUUUCUGUUGUGGCCGACACUCAUCCAGGGAGAAGAGAAGCGACGGCGAAUGGGGACUGUUUUCAAGUGCUAUAAACCCCUGUUUUUAACCCGCUUCUCUCCAAUCCCCAACUCCAUACUUUCUGUUCAUCCCUCGAACCUCAAGAGUAGAAGCUUCGUCCCCUGUAUCGGUUCUCUGAGCUCGUCUCAGUCUCAGCCGUUGGCCAAUGGGAAAGGCGUCCAGAAACCCGCCGGCGAUUUCCCUCUGGCUCCAACGUCGGAGCUGUGGCUGUACAACACUAUGACCAGAAGGAAGGAGUUGUUCAAGUUCAAGCCCAGAGUGGAGGGCAGAGUGGACAUGUAUGUCUGCGGUGUUACUGCCUACGAUCUCAGUCACAUAGGGCAUGCUUGCGUCUAUAUUACCUUCGAUGUUCUCUACAGAUAUCUUAAGCAUUUGGGAUAUGAAGUGUGUUACGUUCGGAAUUUCACUGAUGUUGAUGACAAGAUAAUUGCUAGAGCAAAUGAAUUGGGGGAGGAUCCAAUCAGUUUGAGUAGACGUUAUUGUGAAGAGUUCCAUGAUGAUAUGGUGCAUCUUUGUUGUCUUUUGCCUUCUGUUGAGCCACAUGUCUCAGAUCACAUGCCUCAAAUCAUUGACACGAUCAAGCAGAUUCUUGAUAAUGGGUGUGCCUACAGAAUUGACGGUGAUGUCUUCUUCUCGGUAGACGAAUUCCCAGAAUAUGGUCGUUUGUCUGGGCGAAAGUUAGAAGACAAUUGAGCUGGUGAGCGUGUUGCUGUGGACUCCAGGAAGAAAAAUCCAGCUGAUUUUGCUUUAUGGAAGUCUGAAAAGGAAGGAGAACCCUUUUGGCAGAGUCCAUGGGGGCCUGGCAGACCUGGAUGGCAUAUUGAGUGCAGUGCCAUGAGUGCUGCCUAUUUGGGUCACUCUUUUGACAUACAUGGUGGGGGCAUGGACCUUGUGUUUCCCCACCAUGAAAAUGAAAUUGCUCAGAGUUGUGCUGCUUGUAACCAGGGUAAUGUAAGCUAUUGGAUACAUAAUGGCUUUGUCACUGUUGACUCUGAAAAAAUGUCCAAAUCCCUUGGAAACUUCUUCACAAUCAGGCAGGCAGGUUUGCAGUCAUUGA